CUCAUUCAAGUCUUUCCAAUACAACUAGGCGUAUGUUCUACGCUCUAUAGAAGAGCAAAUACCGAUUAUCUAUUAUGGCGGCCAGCAAAAUACCCGAUUGGAUAACUGCGGAACUGUUCGAAGAUGUGCUCAAGGCCAACGUGGAGGGCUUCUCGAAAGUCAAGAGCUUCAAGGCGGACAUGGGAUCUGCGGCAGGUGAAAACUAUGCCACCAUUAUGCUGCGGAUUGGCAUCGAAGUUGAGCUGCAGGAUGGCAAGACGAGAUCGGUUUCAUACAUGGUAAAGCUGCCACAUCAGCUGGAUGUCUGCAAGGAAAUGAUGAAGCACACCAAUAUCUUUGAAAUCGAGCGCACCGUGUAUACUGAGGUUGUCGCCGAGAUGGAGGAACUUUACAAAGCGGCGGCUGUGGAGGUUUCUUUUGGAGCCAAGAUCUAUGAUCUCAAAAAUGCCAAGAGCGAAUACUUAGCGCUGGAGGAUCUGUGCAUAAGGGGUUUUAAAAACGCCAAUCGUCUCGAGGGACUCGAUCAAGCGCACACGGAGAGGGUUCUCCGGAAGUUGGCCCAAUGGCACGCGGCGACCGCCUUGAGAGUGGCCACCAAGGGACAGUACCCAGAAAUAGUUCUAAGGGGAUUUUUCAAGGAGGAAAUCAAGGCGUUGAUGAACGAAAUGAUGAAUGCUAUGGGGCAGGUGUUCCUCAAAUGCUGUGCCACCUACGAAGGCAAUGAGGCGUACAUAGACAAAGUGAAAGCUUUAAAGCCAGUGGUAAUAGACGAGGUCUUCAAAUUGGGUGAAGUAGAUCCCACGGAUUUCAAUGUUCUGAGCCACGGCGAUUUCUGGUCAAAUAACAUUAUGUUCCAGUACGAUGAGUUUGGAAAAAUCAAGGAGGUCUUUUUGGUGGACUAUCAGGGGUCGAAGUACGGAUCUGUGGCCCAGGAUCUACUUAACUUCCUGAUUUCGUCCACCAAGCUGGAAGAUAAGUUGAGCAAAUUUGACUACUACAUAAAGGUGUACCAUGAUAAUCUGGCGAUGCAUCUGAGAAUACUAAAAUAUCCCAAGCCACUGCCCAGCCUACGAGACAUUCACAAGGUUUUAUUGAAAAAUGGACUUUUCGGCUUUUUCGUGGCCACAGGGGUGAUGGCAACAGUUCUUGUAGAUCCAACGGAAAGCGCCUGUUUUGAGAACUUUAUAGGCGACUCUCCCGAGGGAGUGGACUUCCAGAUGCAAAUGUACAAUAAUCCCCGCUACCGGAAACACAUUCAGGUUAUCCUGCCCUGGUUGCUUAAUCGCGGAGCUUUGGACAUAGAUUAGGCAAUUACCUCCACUCAUAUUGUGAUAGACAAUUCCGCUUGAAAGUAUUAAACUACCUAAAAUAAAAUUAUUAUAUCCUUGCAGAGGUUAUAAUGAUUUCAGUCAGAA